AUGUGCACAAGACAACAAACGAUCCAAUUGGCCUCAACAGUGCCAUCCAAGCUUGAGACAGCUCGCAGCACAGUUUCUUCCACCAUGAAGAAAUCAUCUGUUUAUUUUUCCGAAACUGUCAAAGUCCGUUACUCUCUCAGUUUAGAAGACUACUCCGAUGAGGAAUAUGAUGCAUGCUGGUAUUCUUCCGAAGAGUAUCAAACAAUAGAAAAGGAUUUGUGCAGACAAUUCAUGAAGAUGGAGGAAGGAAAGAUAUUACAUGAUAUGAAAUCCUGCUCGCGAGGAUUGGAACGAUACUUGACUGUGAAUGCUUUUCAAAAAAAAGAGAGCCAAAGAGUUGCAAGGCGAUCUGUCUUGGACGAACAAACCCACCAAGCCGAACUGAAUCAACGCGACGAAGAAGCCAUUGCAAGACUGUACAACAAUGUCUCAUCUAGUUGCCAGAUGUGGGCAGCGGUACUCGGCCUUCGAGACCAGCGAGAAGCCGAAAAGUACAUUCAAGAUGAUGACCUUGAAACUCGUUUCGAUGAUCUUGAGACGCUCACGCAAGCGCAAGAAUCUCAAGAAUCAUCAAUCCGACAAGACUACGUUGCACCUCAAAAGAUCUAUGAUUCCAGCAGCACGCGAGCCAUGACUUCGCCGCAGCAAAUGGCCGUGACUGCAAGGUCAGCAUAA